AUGGUGCUUCUGCUGGUCAUCCUCAUCCCGGUGUUGGUGAGUUCGGCGGGAACAUCGGCGCACUACGAAAUGCUGGGCACCUGCCGCAUGGUCUGCGACCCCUACGGCGGAACCAAGGUUCCCAGCACGGCGGCCACGCCCGAUCGCGGCCUCAUGCAGUCGCUGCCCACCUUCAUCCAAGGGCCCAAGGGUGAGGCCGGACGGCCGGGUAAAGCCGGGCCUCGGGGGCCCCCGGGGGAACCAGGUCCGCCGGGGCCGGUGGGCCCGCCAGGAGACAAAGGCGAGCCCGGGCGCCAGGGUCUACCUGGGCCGGCCGGAGCGCCUGGCCUGAACGCGGCCGGGGCGAUUAGCGCCGCCACUUACAGCACGGUGCCCAAGAUCGCGUUCUACGCGGGCCUGAAGCGCCAGCACGAGGGUUACGAGGUCCUGAAGUUCGACGACGUCGUCACCAACCUGGGGAACCAUUACGACCCGACGACCGGCAAGUUCACCUGUUCCAUCCCGGGCAUCUACUUCUUCACCUACCACGUGCUCAUGCGGGGCGGCGACGGCACCAGCAUGUGGGCUGACCUUUGCAAGAAUAAUCAGGUGCGAGCUAGUGCCAUUGCACAAGAUGCAGAUCAAAACUAUGAUUAUGCCAGCAACAGCGUGGUCCUACAUUUGGAACCGGGAGAUGAAGUCUAUAUAAAAUUAGAUGGUGGAAAAGCACAUGGAGGAAACAACAACAAAUACAGCACAUUUUCUGGAUUUAUAAUUUAUGCUGACUGA